AUGGCUCCCAUUGUUCAUUUCGUGCGACAUGCUCAGGGCUACCACAACCUCACAACCGCAAACCACGUCCUCCCCGAUCCCGAACUCACACAGCUCGGCGAGCAACAAUGCGCAAAACUCAAGGAGGCCUUCCCAUACCACUCUCAAAUCGAAUUGGUAGCUGCCUCGCCAUUGCGCCGAACUAUUAAUACCGCACUACUCAGCUUCCAGCCCGUUUUUGAGGCUCACAAGGACUUCAAGAUCCUGUGUAUCCCUGAAGCGCAAGAGACGAGUGACGAGCCUUGUGAUACUGGCAGUGAUCCGGCUGUGUUGCAAAAAGAAUUUGUGGAUCGUGGGUUACCGGUGGAUAUCUCGUUGGUUCAUGAUGGUUGGAACAGCAAGAAGGGUAAAUGGGCACCCACUAUCUCUGCUCUUAGGAACAGAGCCCGUGAGGUUCGCAAAUGGCUCAAAUCGCGGCCCGAAAAGCAAAUCGUCCUUGUCACUCAUGGUGGCUUGCUUCACUAUUUGACCGAAGACUGGGAGGAUGGUAGCAUGUACCAAGGCACCGGUUGGGUAAACACAGAAUAUCGCACAUACAAAUUCUCCGACUCCAUCGAUACCGAGGACAUCGAAGGCAACAAAGUGGAAGGAGGCGAUGAUUUCACAAUCAUUGAGACACCCGAAUCCAGAGAGCGUCGUGGUAAGCCUGCCCAGGCACCUUCACGAGCAGAAGAGAAAGUUCUCUACCGCAAGGGUAUUGAGGGCUGGGAGGCACAAGGAUUGCAGCCCAGUUCGAAAGAUCGCGAGGCUGGCAAGGUGUCGGGAGGAGAGGAGGUUAAUGGUAGUCGCAUUUAG